AAAUAUAUGAGAAAUUUUAAACAAACAUUUUUAACGUGACCAUUUGUGAACUUAGGAAAAGCAGUACCCCCAAAUGUCUCUGAAAUUGAAAAUUAAGAUCAACAACAGCUAUGAAUCGGAAUCGGGUUGUGGUUCUUCGAUUAGUGGAAACAAUGAUUACAGCAGCAUCUAUGAUGAUGAUCAACUCGAUUAUAUUAUAAAGCCGCCGUCCUAUAGCAAUGAAGUAACCAUUACCACGACACAAACAAUGGCUCCCGUAACCAGCCUGAAUGCAAACGAUAGCAUAUUAUCAUCAGUAUCAUCGUCGUCGUCUUCGUCAUCUGCCUCGUCGUCUUCGUCUUCGCAGACAAGCAAGGAUAGUGUAUUGAACAGCAAGGAGAGCAAGAGAGAUAUGUUGUUUGGCAUUCCCCUGCAUUCCAGUCAGGAGUCAGCCUUUGAAGGUUUUGGCAAUAGUCCAUUUGACAAAUUGCAACGUAUUUUCUAUCCCCAACAGCAGUCAAGUCUUCUGGCACCCAAUGUGGUGGUGGCAAGCGCAGCAGAUUCCGGUGAAAGUAAAAGUCAAAUGGCACCUCGAAAACCUUCUCCCGGUAAAAUAGUGUUUACCAAGUUUUAUGACACUAUUGUCGAGGAGAAUAGCUGCAAUGCUGUCGAUAUACAAAUGUCAUCCAAUGAUCAACCUGCCUUACCUUUGCGCCGUACCAGUAGCUCCAGUUCGAUAUCGAAUCAAACAGCAGAUGCCAAUCCAUCAUCGGAAUUGUCAUUUAAUGGUAAAAUAAAAAGUUUAAGUAAACAGGAUGAGUCGACGACAUUGGAUGUAUCAUUGGAGGCGCAUAGCCGUUUGCCACCCGUUUUGGAGACUUCAUUGAAUACCUCACAACAGCAAUUUUCCGAAUCGUUUAUAUUGAAAAAAUACAGCAAUGAGAAAUCACCCGAUUUAUUUGGUGACGAUGAUGACGAGGAGGAGGAAGAAGCCAUUGUCGAGGAAGAAGAGGAAACCAAAGGUUGUGGUGUAGCUCUAAAAACCAUUACUGAAGAUCCCACAGCAAUUGACACACACAAAAUCUCAACCACAUGCCUUAAUGAAACUACUGAAAACCAAUCAUUUAGUUGUCCAGUUGAUGGCAGUUUUGCCAAUGAUGAUUAUACCAUGGAUUGUAGUCUAACCCAAGCCAGCGUUGGCUUGGGAGGAGGUCCCAAUGGUCCCACCGAUUCCUAUAGUCUAUUUAAAGAGAACUGCCGCCGUGAACGUGAAAUGCUGAGACGUAUACGUAAAUGUUUGGCUGGUGUUUUGCCUCCACCAUCGGUUACAAUACCACAAUUGGAUAUGUUCAAUGCCGUUCUAUCACGCAAAGAUGAACUAAUGAAUUUCUUUAAACAAUUAUCACCACAGAAAACGGAACAACAACCAAACACCCAGAAAGUAACCAGUCUAUUUAAACCCACUCAUACACUAGAAGAGGCCAAAACAAUGCCAUGGCGUGAUAUAUUGGGUGUUAGACAACAUGGUUUAAGUUAUAACCUUAACAAGGCCUCAGAGAACAAUGAAUAUUUGAGCUUAUCAAUUAUGGAAAGAUUUAUUGGGGCCGAAACCGCCUCUUCAUAUCAAAAUUCACCAUCAUCGGCCAAAAAACGUAGCACUCGAAUGAAAUUACUGUGCCAAUCGCCUGGUAAUCGUUUGAGUCACUUGGCUAAACGUCGUGCCAUUUUUUCGUCUGCCCACUUGGCCACAACUUCACAAAAAUCCAGUACAUUACUGGGUCCUCAAAUUGUGCUCGAUAAAAAGAAGCCGAAAAAUCGUCGCAAGGCCACACCAAAACGUAUGACACCUGGCAGCAAAAAGAAAAAUCGCAAAACUCCUAGUUCGUCGGCACGUAAACGUUUAUACCGUAAUGACAUAAUCAAACCGGGACCAUCGAGAGAAACCUCAAAACGAGCACUGUUCCAAAGUCCCGCCAAACAUGUACAACAAAGAGCAUCGCUGCCCAAACCGCCGCCAAUGAAACCGGAGUUGGCAAAUCGUGUUGAAAAGUCUAAACGGGCAUUGUUAUUUACACCAGAGAAACAACAAGAGCAAACCGAUCACAAAUUCAUUACAACCACAGAAACCAACUCGUCGAUCACCACCAACACAACACAUUUUGCCCCAUACAACAGUUCACAACUCGAAUCGUUAUUGAAACGUAAACGUAAUCCCUGCGAUGAUGCUGACGAUGUUGAUAUAGCGAUGCAGAAUAGUAAACUUAUGAAAACAGGUAGCUCCGGUCUAACACCGCGCGCCUUGAAAAUAAAAAGCCAAAGUUUUUGCAUUGGGGCUGGUUCCUCAUCAGCAAAACAACAAUUGCCAAGUGCUUCGGCGGCCAGUCGGGGUAUGACAACAAAUGCCAGUUGUUCGAGCAUAAGCAGCAGUAGCAGCCACUCGUUGGCAAGGGCCAGUUCGAUAACAUCACUGGGUGGUUCAAAAUUACAAAAAUCAUAUUCGGAAACAACGGCAUCGUCGAAUAGUCUAACCGAGAACCAGAAGAAGAAGCUGUUGUGGGCUGUAUCACAGGCACUGCAGGAACGCAAGAUUACAGCCAAACAUGAAAGCUUCAAACAGUAUGCUGCAACUUUGGCUCGGGUCGUGCGGCGGAUAUUCCAGGAAUACUAUCAGAAAAACAGUACAAGUAACAGUGAGACUAUGUUAAGACUGGCCAAAAAGUAUGUUUAUAAUGUAACAGCUGGCGGCACAGCCGAUGACAUUUAUCUCCAAGCUAAAUCCCAAAUUGACGAUACAAAACGCCAGUCUACCUCCCGCCUUUCUGGUUAUAUCGGCCCCGAGGAAUACCAGCAAAUGAAAAAACAACAACUUACACAACAAUCAUCGCAAUCUCUGUUACAAGCCUCUCUGUCAUCAUCGUCGUUCAGCCAUAAAGUUUCAUCUUUGAAUAUAUUCAACGGUGACAGUUCCUUCGAUUCCUUUGGUCCAAUCAGUCAAAAUACCUCCGGCUUUUGCAGUGGCAACAACACAGCCAUGUUGUCACAGACAAACAGUUUCUUGGGUCAAAUAUCACAGGACAUUAUUAUCGAAACAUCGCAAUCGUCCAACACCAGGAGUGGGAAGAAACUGAUGGUUGAUCCCAAUAAAAGCUUGCCCAACAGCUCUUCGAAAAGUAACAUUUAUGCUGAUGCUUUGCGAGAGAAUAUGGACUGUGAUGUAAGAAAUUCGGCGCAGAAGAAUUUCACCGGCAAAGACCAACGCAAUAUGAUACCAUAUGCAGGCAACGGUGGUAAUGGCGGCUCGGCGGUUAAGGCCCACACUCAAUUGGUCACAGACAUUAUAACAAAUAGUGCUAAGGCUCGGCGACAAAUAACAUUUGAUACAUAAUGUUAAAUGGUGUGUUGGUGCGGCGCUACUUCUUUAAAUUAUUCGUGUUUUUCGUUUAUUACGACUAGUAUUAAGACAA